AUGGGCAAAAACACCAGAAGAAGCAACAAAGUUAGCCCGCAGAAGGAGAGCAAAUCUACGCAGGUGUCACCAAAACAUACGGAAACUACGAGACCGCCAUCGGAAGAACCGAGCGAAAGCACGUUGGGCCCCGCGACGAAGUAUUUCUGCGGAAUCGACGGAAGCACGCACUGCACCAGAAUCGUAGUGAUCAAUGCGGAAAACGGCGAGCGGAAAUGGGAGGUGAUUGGCAAUACGCACUUCAGAUUCGAUUCCAAUUACGCUAAAAUCGCCGGUCGUCUGGUCACCGCCGUUCAGUCGAUUUUGAAUGAUUUCGACGAUCGCCAUCCGAAGAGCGUAGAUUCCAUUGUGAGAUUUGCUGGAAUUCAUUUAAUAUCAACUCAAUUUCAGUGCAUGGUCCUUUCGGGAAUAGACAAUUUAAAAUCAACCGAUGAAUUCGAGAAAGUUUGCCAGGAAACGUUUGAGAAAAAAGGACUCUGCAACAAGUUUAUAAUCCGUUCCGAAGUCGAAGUCGUCGCGAGAACUCAUUCCGAUUUUGUGAAGCAGCAAGAAAAUGAGAGCAAGGAUACGACUCUCGUCGGUACGGAACACGGGGAUGAAGAAAACGUUGAAAAGAAAACCACUGGUAAGUUCCAAGAAAAUAUACCUCGCAGACAAUUACUUUUUCAGGCGGAAUCACCAUUCAGGCUGGCACGGGCUCGUUCUGCAAAGUACACUAUGAAGAUGCGACUGAUAACAAAUUGAGAUAUUCUGUAGACGAGCCGUACGGACCGCUUGAGCAGAUUAGCGCCGGAGGUGGUGCUUUUUGGAUUGCGCGAACCGCCGUUGAGAUGUUUCUUCGGGAAGACGAGGAUUACCUGCCGAUUGACUCGGAUGAGAAAUACACCAAGCGUAUCAGGGAGUUGUUCGUGGAGCAGUUCCGCGUCUCCCACAAAUAUUUUAAUCCCAAAAAACUUUUCUGUUUCUCCAAAAGGGCAGAUUUCGUCAGAUUCGCGAAGAAGUUGGCUGCCGGUGAGUGGACGUAUUUUUGAAUGGUUUCAAUUUCGUCUUGUUCAGAAGUAAAUGAUGAUCCUGUAAUUCAAGAACUGUUCAGAGCUGCCGGUGUCAGCUUCGGAAAACUUGUCGCCAAUGCCUUACUCCAACAUCCGCAGGUGACUAAAAUUAAAGGUUCUGCCGUAUUGAUGCGUUUUCAGAUGAAAGAGAAAACUGUGAAGUGUCUGCUGUCCGGAAGUGUGUUCCUUUUGUUCAAGCAUCUCUACGCCGGUUUCAUCGAAGAGCUCAAGUUUGCUGGAAUUGGCAGAGUGGAGUUUUACUUGAAGAAAGAAGAAUCCGCCGUCGCCGCUGCCGUUUUCGUGGCUUCUCAGGAAAGCGUCACUUUGCCGAUGGACGAGAAGGAGCUAGAACACGUGGUUCUGUUCGCCCGCACCAGAUAA